AUGUCAAGAUCUAUUAGCAUUCUAUAUGUGCUGGCAGCAGCCAACUUGGCGUCUUUAGUAGAUGGACAUGGAUAUAUGAACAUCCCCUCUAGUCGAACCAGCAUCGGCCAUUCAGUUGGCAUCGACACAUGUCCCGAAUGCACCAUUCUCGAGCCUGUCACCUCGUGGCCCGAUCUCAACACCGCACCAGUUGGACGCAGCGGUCCCUGCGGCUACAACGCUCGCGUCAGCGUCGACUACAAUUACCCCUCCACAAACUGGGGUAACACACCCGUCACCACCUACACAGCCGGGCAAACCGUCGACGUCCAAUGGUGCGUGGACCACAACGGCGACCACGGCGGCAUGUUCAGCUGGCGCAUCUGUCAAGACCAAUCCCUCGUGAACAAACUCAUCACUGCAGGCUACAUCCCCACAGCCGCCGAAAAACAAGCCGCGGAAGAUUGUUUCGACGCGGGUCUCCUCCCCUGUACCGAUGUGACCGGCGCCACCUGCGACUACAACGCCGAUUGCACGCCCGGACAAGCAUGCUAUCGCAACGACUGGUUCACCUGCAAGGGAUUCAACAGCGGCACGCGAUGUCAAGGCGUGGAUGGCGCCGCGCUCGGCUCCUGCUAUACGUCCAUCGCGGGCGGAUAUACCGUGACUAGGAAAAUCAAGAUCCCAAACUACGCGUCGAAUCACACGCUCAUUUCUCUGAAGUGGAAUUCCUUCCAGACGGGCCAGAUCUAUCUGACCUGUGCCGAUAUCGCCAUUGUUGGUUCUGGUAGCGGUGGAGGUAGCGGCGGCUCCCCAACUACCACGAGUAAAAUAUCUUCUACCUCUACCUCUACCUCUACCUCCACCACCCUCAGCACAUCCACCAAAUCUACCACCACCGCAAGCACAACCUGCCCCUCCACCCCCACCCUAAUCCCCAUAACCUUCAGCGCCCUCCGCACAACCACCUACGGCCAAACCAUCAAAAUCGCCGGCUCGGUCGACGCCCUCGGAAACUGGGAUGUUUCCGCCGCCGUCGCCCUCUCGGCCGCCAACUACACGAGUGCGAAUCCCGUGUGGUCGGGAACCGUCUUGUUGCCGCCGGGUCAGGCGGUGCAGUACAAGUAUGUGAAUGUGGGGACUGGGGGGACGCCGACGUGGGAAAGUGAUCCGAAUCGCGUGUUUACGGUGCCGGCGGGUUGCGCGACGAAGGGGUCGGUGGAGGAUACUUGGAGAUAG